AUACCUUCUGCCUAAGAAGAAAAAUCUUAACAUGACAAGAACUAACAAAGCUGCAUACAAGAAACAUCAGUGGUCAGGUGGAAAAAGGAAACGGCGUCAAGUCCAAGCUGCCUUACAACACCAUUAUGGCACCAAUUCAAGAAACGUGGCUUGGCGUAAUGUUCAAAUGAAUAACCCAUCUGACGUCACGAUGUGUGACGAUCCGUCAAAUGCCCAAACGGUGAUAAAUAAUGGUUCAACUAAUGCUGAGUUUGUCACAAACGACUGGAUAUAGUUGGCACAAACAAGCAUGGCUUAAAACCUCCAGCCAUAAUAUUGGCCAACAUUUCCAACUUUACAUAAAAAGGAAAGAACUUAUCCGGAUGCGACGCCAAAGAUGUCCAAGGACGCGCAAUUUUAAACCUACUGUCAUUAAACCCGACAAAGACUAUGGUCCCAAAGCAUGCGAUCCUGUUGACUUGAGUCGAGAAGAUAUAAAAAGAAUAGGGCAAGAAAAGCUUAUGGAACUGCAAGUGACACCCGACCAAAUCGCUGAAAUAGAGCAACAAACUAAAGAUCAGCAUGAUAACGAACUCUACAACGUGAUCAGGAGUGAUAGAUUGACUGCAAGCCAAUUCGGGAUGGUAUGCAAACGACGAAAUAAAACUCCUUGCCACAAUCACGUGAAACAAAUUUUGUAUAAAAACAAUAUUUUAACAUCUGAUAUGAAAUACGGGCAGCAUAACGAAGCUGUUGCAAGGACUCUUUUUGAAACCACAACGAAUAAAAAAGUGGAACGUGCGGGUUUAUUUAUUGAUAAACAAUACGGAUUCCUAGGCGCAAGUCCAGAUGGUAUCAUUAUUGAUGAGAAUGCUCUACUUGAAAUAAAAUGCUUUCCAUCACUGAAAAGAAGCCAAGAAAGCAUUGAAACCGCGGCUGAAAGCCGCGGAAAUAAGUUUUGCUUGAAAUAUAAUAAGGAAGGUAAAUUGGUUAUGAACACAACCCAUAAUUAUUAUUACCAGGUGCAAGGACAACUGCGUAUUGCUGACAUGGCAAAAUGUUAUUUUGUCUGUUUUAUUGACCCUGGGAUAAAUAUGACUAUAAUCGAAGUAGACCGAGACGAGGACUUUAUACACAAUAUGAUACCAAAACUCGUAUCUUUUUACAAGAACUGCAUCGUCCCCGAGCUCAUUCUGCGAAGAGUUCCAAAAAACCAAAAAUGCGUCGAAAUUUCAGACUUGCCUGGUACGUUACAGAUUUAUUUAAGAUUUACCCAGGAUGGAACAGAGGUGGUAUAUUUAUUCAAAGUGUAGUUGAAUUGUUGUUUUUGUACACAAAUUGUAUAUCCGUUUGCCUGAUUCAGUCCUAGAUAUAUACUUCUUACUUUUAGUUCAUCUGAUGUUGGAGCCAGGAGGUUGAUUUGCUAACUCAAUCUACUAGAGUUCAAUUUGUUCAAAAAGUCCUUCACAUUAUCUUUAGCAUAGUCAACGAUGGAACUAUAAAGAAAGAGAGAAAUUGGGCGUCUUUUGUUGUUUUACAGAAUUAAUAUAAUAUUCAUUCCUAUGUAUAGUUAUCAUUAUUUAAAUGAACUCAACACGGGAUGAGCUGUGGUUAAAGUAUAAUUUGUGUUAAUUUAUAGUCAAUAAUUAGUUUUUGGUAAAAAAAAACAUUUUUGGUUUGGUAUAUGUUAUUAUCAAUGACUGCAGUUUUCUUUCCAUAGGCAACAAACAACAACAUUCAGACAAAUCUAAUAAUCCCAAACACAAUUAGCUUGCGUUGUUUUAUCACAGAGUUCCCAUAGACACCUUCUGUGUUCAUCAUCAAAUCAGCUCUAUGUCAUAAUAAUAUUGCAUAUUGUCAUUGUAUUAUGAGUGCAAAAUAUCAACUCAAUCGGAAAUCGGCUAGUAAGCCUUAUUUAGCUUCCAAAAUUUGACCUACACUAACAUACAUACUUAUGGCGUUAUUCAUAAAUAUAGGUAUUCAUAAAACAUUUAAUUUCAAGUACUUUUAACUAUUGUAAUUUCGACUAGAUUUUUUAAACUUUUUUAUCCUUUCCUAUAAUCAAUUAUGAUCGUUUUUAGCUGAUCAUCAAAAACAAUAAACGUCGGACAACGGACAGUUCACGUCACGUCAUCCCUGUAAAGAUGAAAAAAAAAAUAGUAUAGUAUUUGUAAAUAUAUACUCAUGUACAUAGUAAAA